CAGUGGGUCAGGUAUCCCUGGUCGAUUUAGUGCGCUUUUCGAUACCUGACAGGGGGUAAAACUUUUGCACGAUACUGUAGCCCCGGCCCAACGGCCCGGUCAGCGAAGCGCGGGGUCCGUCUGCCUAACCUCGCUGACCGUCCAAAGUCACCGAACAAUUAUCCCAAAUGAUCUAGACGGUUACCUGACGAACCCGGCCCCAGUUGAUUGAUCAUGGCACCAGAGGUCAGCAGCGCCUCUGAUCCUUUAAUUAUAGCCGCACGCACUGGCCGCGUACAAGUCGCGAGACGUCUGCUUGCUGCCGGCACGCACCCCGACAUACACUCUGCAGCAGGAUGGACUCCUCUGCACUCGGCGUCGUGGAAUGACAACCCAGAAGUCGUCUUGCUGCUCAUACAGCACCAGGCCUCUCUCGAGGCCCAGUACCAACAACCAAAUAUAUCACCCCCAGUCAGACGCACAGCAUUACAAACAGCCGCACAACGAGGCCAUGUUAAAAUAGCCGAGAUCUUGCUAGAUGCCGGAGCCAAUAUCGAGGCCGGAGCCCCAGGAUUCGCCACGCCGCUUGUUCUUGCUGCGAAAGGGGGUCACACGGCAUUUGCAGAGUUGCUGCUCGACCGCGGCGCCAACGUCAAUGCUCAAUAUGCCGACAACUGCACGGCCCUCCACGCGGCUGCAUACACCGGGCACGCAGCCGUUGUGGACCUCCUGGUCCGGCGCGGCGCUGAGAUCGAGGCUCUGUUCCGCAGCCGGUCGCCCCUGCACAAGGCAGCGGAGAGGGGCCAUGUCGAGGCAGCAAAGGUACUACUCAAUCACAAUGCCAGUAUAAAUGCAAGGUCCGAUUUCGGUUGGACGCCACUCCACAUAGCUGCGAAAGAGGGCUAUCCUGCUAUGGUGAUCCUGUUACUUGACCGCGGAGCGGAGGUCAACUGUCGAUCUCCCUCGGGAUGGAGCCCCUUGAACUUGGCUGCUGACAAUGGGCACGGAGAUAUCGUCCGCCUGCUGCUCCAUAAUGGCGCGUCGCGGGAGACAAUGAUCGACAGACUUGGCUUGACGGCGCUACACCAAGCGGCAGCGGGAGGAUAUACCGACAUCGUGGUCCUCUUGCUGAACCACGGCGCUGAUAUCGAGGCUAGAAGCCGGGAUGAUUCAACCCCGCUGCAUCUGGCGGCAUCUAGUGGACAUAUCGCAGUGGUUGCAACGCUGCUGGAGCGAAAUGCGAAUGCAAAGGCCAAGACCAAGGCUGGAAAGACGCCUCAUGACCUAGCAAACGACAAACAACAUCACCAGGUGUCUAGCCUGUUGCCAGCUCCCCCCGCAAUAUCUGACUUGCGUUUCGCUGCGAUCAACCUGAACAUGGAGAACCAGCAUGACGGUGCAAGCUUUCUUGCCGCCGGAAAGAGUGGCGCAGGCGCUUGGCUCAGCAGACUCGAUGGCUACAAUAGGCUUAUCCAAGCUGCCACCGCUUCGGGAAAAGGGGCAGUGCCCCCGGUCAGAAUUGCCGUGUUGGAUACUGGAUGCGAUAGCAAUGCCAGGUACUUUGGGAUGUAUCCGGACCAGCUGGAUCGCAUCCAGGGAGACCAUUGGCAUGAUUUCGCGGGGUCCGAACCAACCCCAGUCGAUGAAGACACGAAUAAGCAUGGCACAAUGGUCUCGCUCCUGCUCAUGAGAGUGGCUAGAAAUGCCGAGAUAUUCGUUGCCCGGAUCGCGAGAACGGGAUCCGAGCUCCAGGCAUCGGCGGACAACGUAGCAAGAGCCAUCCAUCACGCUCAAGAUCCCACAAAAUGGAAUGUAGACAUUGUCUGCAUGUCGUUUGGAUUUAGGCAAGAAUCGCCACCGAUCAGGGAGGCCAUAGGAAGGGCCUUCCUCGACAGGAAUAGCUCCAUCGUGUUUUUCGCCGCCGCCGCCAACAACGGCGCCAACGAACGGGAGCUGUUCCCGGCAUAUCUGCAUCCCGUCAUCUCGGUGCGCGGUACGGACAACCAGGGAGCCUUUGUCAACGCCUACGAUCCUCCCCCCGUGCCCAUGAACGAGGGCCUUCCGCUCUAUGGGACGCUGGGAGAAAACGUUCCGUACACGUCCACGGAGACCAGCUCGGGAUGUUCGGUCGCCACGCCCAUCAUGGCCGGCAUGGUCGCCAUGGUCAUGCAGUGGGUCGCUUGCAAUGCGGCUAGCAAGCGCGCCCAGGAGAAGCUUCGGACGCCGGCCGGCGUGCUGGAGCUGCUCAAGAGCAGCGCGGUCAACAAGGGAAACAAUCGUUACUACGCUCACAUCUGGGACCUGUUUGAGAACGAGGGGAGAAACUGUGUUCAACUGGUGGAAGCGGCAAUGCUACGGCUGCCUUGACCGAGCAUGGAGAGAGACCUUAAUCCCCGAGGUUGUCUCCGCGGGCAGGGGCAUUUAGCUAUUUGGGCAGGGGAUUCAACUUUCCAGGCAGGGGCAUUUAGCUAUCCAGGCAGGGAUAUUUAAAUGUUAGGGUAGGAGCAUUUGGCUAGCCGUCGCUGUCACUAUUGCUA